AUGUAUUCAGAUAAUGGCACAAAUUUCGUGGGCGCCGAACGCGAGCUUACCGCCGCGUUUCGCGCGGCUAUCAGAGACCCGGACUUUCUCAAUCGAACCGCUUCCGAUCGAAUCACGUGGCACUUUAUGCCACCUUCCGCUCCUCAUUUCGGCGGAUUAUGGGAGGCGGGAGUACGGAGUGUAAAGCACCAUCUCCGUCGAGUGAUUGGGGCUCAUACUCUCACAUUUAAGGAAUUCUCAACAGUCUUAUGCAAUGUGGAGGCGUGUCUCAAUUCCCGACCGCUCGCUCCUCUCAACGACUCGGUCGACGAUUAUGAACCGUUAACUCCCGAGCAUUUUUUGAUCGGCUCGGCCCUGACCGCAGUUCCCGAACCUUCCGUUUUGAAUCUUCGCGAAAAUAGACUGUCGCGCUGGCAACUCGUGCGCCAGAUCUCAGAAAGAUUCUGGAAGUUAUGGCUUGACGACUAUGUAAAUACGUUACAACAGCGCGUCAAGUGGAAACGACCUGCUAAAACCGAGAUCCGCGUCGGUCAACUCGUCUUAUUGCGUAACCCUCUACUCCCCCCUUGCAAAUGGGAGCUCGCUCGCGUACUACGAUGUCACACGGGUCAAGACGGAUUAACUCGCGUUGUCACGGUGAAGACUGCGGCGUCCGAGUAUAAGCGACCGAUUAAUAAGCUAUGCCUGCUUCCAAUCGAUAUCGAGAGCCUGGAGCCUCCGACGUAA